AUGAAGACAUUCAGUGUUGUAGUUGCAGUGGCCGUCGUGCUCGCCUUCAUUUGCCUUCAGGAGAGCUCUGCUGUCCCAGUCACUGAGCUGAAAGAGCUGGAGGAGGCAAUAAGCAACGACAGUGCAUCACAAGAAGAGACAUCUGUGGAAACAUGGAUGAUGCCAUAUAACGUCAGACAGAGUCCCAUUAGAUGCCGGUAUUGCUGCGGGUGCUGCGAACUCGAUGUCUGUGGCAUGUGCUGCAACUGA